UAAAAGAACACAUUUAAAAAAAUACUUAAGAAGUAGAAAUUCACAAAAUAACUACUCAAUUACAGUAACCUUAGGUUGUUUCUUGUGUCGAUAUUCAAUGCAUUCAUUUUUUUGUUUAAUUUUUGCAACAAUUUGCAACAUCUGUAUCGGCUCUCACCUCAAUUUGGAAAUUCAAGAUGGAAAACAUGAUUGUUUGUACAUGGAAAAAUUUAUUGGAGAUAGAAUGAAUAUUGUUAUACAGUUGUUAUAUGGGGCUCCAAAGGUUUUGUUUACACUAUUUUCUCCACAUAAUGAAAUUAUUUUGAUAAACGAGGAAAUGUCUUCAUUAACUCUUGACGAAAAUGUUCACAUACCUGGUGCAUACGCGCUAUGUUUUAACAAUACGUAUGGUUAUAGUAGAAAUGCUAUUGUUGGAAUAAAUUACGAUGCACACUUAGACAAUUCACUUAAAGGUCAAUUGCAACAAAGGAUAAUGCUAGAUAAACGCCGUUUAGCUGAAAGUAUUAUGAAGCAGAAUAAACCGUCAAUAAUGAUUAUUCCACGUGUUGUAAAAAAAGAAGAACAAGAUUCUUACAUCAUGAACGCUCCUGAUAUGAACAAAUUACGAAGUUAUGAACCUGUCAAAGAUAAUUCAACGGAAACAUUUUUACAGGAGAAAGCAGUGCUCAUUUCAAUAAACUUAGAUCGUAUGUAUGAUUUUAUUAACGUGCAUAAAUAUAAAACAAGUCUUCAUCUGAAUUUACAAGAAGAUAAUAAAUCUUACGUGACAAAUUUUUCCUCUUUCCUUUGUGUAAGCAUUGUAGUUAGUGGUUACUUGCAAGUCGUUAUUCUGAAAAGUUUUUUUUACAAACGCUUAACUUUAAAAAUUUAGAAAAAUUUAAUUUCUAGUAUAUAAUUUGCUUGGUUGAUAGUCGUUAGUGUCAACGAAUUAAAGAAAGAUAAAUUUAUGUAUAAAUAGUUAUUCUAUGGUCAUAGUCAAGUAAGGAUCACUCAGACUUAACAGUCUUCUUACCAAUCUCCUGAGAACGUUUUUCCUAUCACAAUGUAAAUAUGUAGCUUAAUGUAAAAGUUUUGAAAAAUUGUUAAUUUACCGGUUUUUAUAA